AAAGUGACAUUUGAUUCGCUGAUCGAGGUAUGGUGAUGUUUAUGUGUUUUGGUGUUUACACCUGCAGUUGGAGUGAAAUCAAAAAACUCAAAAAAUGGAUGAGAACAUACCCCCAUUCAGUGGGGAUUUUAAUCUAAAUGAGUUGCAAGGUAUAGACGACAUCUUAACAAACUGCGAAAACGAAUUGAUGAAGACCAAUGAGUUAUUCACAGAAGAAGCCUUAUUUUCUCAACUUGACCCUCUCUUACCCAUGGAUGAUGUCAGCUUCGAUUUGGGAAGUAUCAGUGAAUCUACGUUUCUUGAUCCUCAAACUCUUUCACCUCUGAAGCAGCAAAAUCCUGUAUUUAAUUCUCAAGUUUCACAGACUUUUCAGUCAAAUCAAUUUGUAAACACCCACAACAGUCAAGAUUUUACAAAAUUGAACAAUAUGGCAAGUACAGUGAAGCCAAACAUGCAGCAGACCCAAAAUCCAACUGCUGUUAUCAUUUCCCAAUCACAACCUCUUGUUUACUCAAGCUUACCAAUCCAACAAACCAAUCAACAGCGUAUAAUCCUCCAACCAAAUCCCAAAUCUGAACAAAUCACGAAAACACAACCUGUUAUUGUACAAAAUCUAAACCAAAUCCCUUCUGAUAAAAUGCAACAGCUGUUGCUACAAGCAAAAAUUGUCAAAACUAAUCCCCAACCUACUGUUAUGUACACCACUACAGUAGCUUCACCUCAACCUUCUUUGCAUACUUUGGUGAACAGUGGAACUCAAAUUUUGACCACUGGAAUUCCUUUGGUCUUAGACACUGAGAAUAAAGUUGCCAUAAACAGAAUUCCUCAAGGGACAGGGAAGGAACCCAAAGUUAAAGAGGUGAAGAGGAGUGCUCAUAAUGCUAUUGAAAGGAAGUAUAGAACCAGCAUCAAUGAUAAGAUUGUGGAGUUGAAAAAUAUCGUCGUGGGGACUGAAGCAAAGCUAAACAAAUCUGGUAUUCUGAAGAAAACAAUUGAAUACAUCCGCUUUUUACAAAACUCAAACACACGCCUGAAACAAGAAAACAUGGCUUUAAAAAUGGCUGCUCGUCAAAACACUCUGAAAGAUCUUUUAACGACGGGCAAAAAUAUGGAAUAUGCCCCUCAAGACACUCCUCCUCAUUCAGAUGUUUCGUCCUCAUCACCCGACCACUCUUUACCAUCAAGUCCCGAAUAUUCAACAUGUAUUAAGGAUGAAAGUGAUGAAGAGACCGUUGGGAUUUCGAAAGGCAUGGUGGACCAAACCCGAAUCACUAUGUUCAUGUUUAUGUUGGCUGUCAUUUCAUUUAACCCUUUUGGAAUAGUCUUAAAACAGUUUGCUUCUUCAGAUCAGGAAGCGUCAAGCGUUGGACGAAAUAUUUUGUCGUCAGGUGACGGUCAAACUCCGUAUUCGUUUGGUUCCUCGUUUAUGCUCUGGUUCAUAAAUUUGACGAUUUUUGGUUUUUGUUUGGUCAAAAUGUUUGUUUAUGGCGAUCCGAUUAUUCCGAGUAGUUCGAAAGAAGCGCAGAAAUUUUGGCGUCAUAGAAAACAAGCCGAUAUUUAUAUCAAAGCAGGUGAUAAACUCGAAGCGAAACAGGAACUUCGUAGGUGUCUCCAAACUUUCGGCAUAACAUUAGCAACGAGUCGUUUCGAACUCGUGUUGUCUCUUUGUUGGCAAGUGUUCCGUCAAGUUAUGCAUCGGUUAUGGAUCGGGAGGUGGUUGUCUAGACACGUUGGGGGUUUUUUCGUCGACGGAGCCACCCGAUACGAAGCUCUGACUUCGUGCCGCGAACUUUCUUUGGUUUAUCACGACUUACAUCAGCUCCAAUUGGUAGAUGGGCCGGAAGAAACUUGUCAUCUUCUCGGUUUGACAACUGCACUGAGUGCACUUAAUUUGGCCGAAGCGGCAAAACCCAAGAUGAAGUCUGUUCAAUUGAUCGACAUUUACGUCGCUUUGGCUUUAAGAAUUAAAGCCUCGUGUUUGAAUAUUUUACAAGGGAUUCAGAAAUAUUACUUAGGCUUGGCGAAAUUAGCAUCAACGAAUUCCUGCGAUCCGAUACCGCCGAGGUUGCAAUGGUUGUUGACACCUCACGGGUUUAAGUUUUUCCUUUCGCAGAAAUUUCUCUAUGAUGCUAAAGCGACGAAUUUGCCUUUCAGUUGUAUUGGCAACGUUUCCGAUCCCUUGUCUUUCGCCAUGAAGUCGUAUAGAGAACAUUUACUGGAAACUGCACUACAAACUUUAACGACUCCUGGUAAUAAAAAUGACGUAUAUGAAGACAAAAAGACGGACAUUACAGACGUGUCAACGUACGUCCAUUUGUUGGUUGAAAAUGUUGCCACCGAUGUACAUACGGUUUUCAAUUCAAAUCAGCCGCAUAGUAAUUGUGAUGAAAUUGCCCACUGGUGGACUUCAGUCGUCGAUGUAGCCUCUCAUUGGCUUCUUGGAGAAGAAAAUAUAGAUGAUCUUUAUAAAAAAGUUGAAAACAUAUCUGAAUCAUUGUUAGAUCUAGAAAAUCCGCUCCCUAAAGCCGUUAUUGGCGCUUUUGUGGCUAGGAAAAAUUAUCUUACAGCUGGAUCGAGUUUUUCUCAUAAGAAAAUUUUAAAACAGUGUGACCACGCCAGUCAGUUGUUGAUCGAUUGUCUAACAUACUCCAGUUGCAAAUCACAGGAUAGUUUGAUUUUGUUGGCACAGUUGCUGGUCUGUGAUUGGAUUCUUGAAACAAGAACCUCCCUUUGGGAAGAUUCUGUUGAAAUAUCAACAACUCCGAUCCCAGUUCCUAAUAAUGUUCUUACAGCGUUCCAAAAAGAUUUAUCUUCAUUACGAACUUUAGCCCAACAUAUCCCUAGCGCUUUGCCUCGUGUUUUUCUGUAUGAAGCUACCGCCCGCUUGAUGGCGGGCGCAGCCCCAGGCCGCACUCAACAACUCCUCGAUCGCAGUUUGCGGCAACGUCACGCUCGUUCGUCGAUGAUUUGCGGCAAAGGCGAUAAAAACCAACAGGAUGUUGGAGGAGAGCGCCAACACGCGACCGCUUUGUAUAUGGCUUGCAAACAUUUACCAGGUCAGUUAAUGUCAUCGCCUGGAGAAAGGGCUGGCAUGUUGGUUGAAGCAGCGAAAACUAUGGAAAGGAUCGGAGAUAAAAAGAAAUUGCAGGAAUGUUAUAAGCUGAUGAAGACACUCGGUGCCAACUCAGCCACGAAUUAGCGUAAUUAAUUUUUAUGGCGGACGUAAAAUGUGAUGUUUAUGAGCCGAAAUGGCGUGAUUUCGGGCUGAAUUGGCUUUAAUUUUAAUUAGUUUGUAAGCUUUGAAGAAUGUGACAAUAUUUAUUUUGUAUAAUUUUUAUUUAAUAAAGAGUCUGAUAAGAA